AUGUUUAAACGAAAGAACUCAAGCUCACCACCGCCCCCUCCAACAGAAAUAAAAGAGGCCAACCCUCACAACAAUACCAAUAAUAUCGAUGAAAAUCAACAACCUGAGUUAAUACAUGUAAUUCACCAGAAAAUAACUAUCUCGAUCGACACAAGUGGAUUUACCUUGAUCGCUGGAGAUGAAGUUUUGGAAAUAUUAUAUGAGACUGGAAAAAUUGAAAAGAAAUCAAAACAUGAGCCUUCUCCGAUCGCAAGACAUUACGAAAUUUGGGGUGUUGUAGGCUUUAUUAAAUUGCUUUCAGGAUCAUAUUUGAUUGUUAUUACUAGAGCACAAACACUUGGACAGAUCCAAGGAAAAGAUGUUUUUAUGGUGAAGGGAACAGCAAUAUUACCAUUUCAAUUUGAGCGAGCAUGCUUAAUCAUGGAAGAACAAAUAAAUGAUUUUCAAUUAUUUAAAGAAACAGAGGAAAUAAUAGAAAGCUCAAACAUUUCCCUACCUGAAAGUGAUGACGUCACUUCGCGACAUGUUCAAUUUGGAUCAGAAGAUGGAGACAAUGAAAUGAUUACAGAAGCAGACGCAAGUCAAAUUUCAAAAACACCACCUUCCUCUGUUUCACCGCCUAAUCGUUUUCUGUCAAUACCGAUUCCCACCGGAAAGAAGCCUGUCGGCGCGUUAUUUAAUAAAAUGAAGACAGCAUUAGGUGAAAUCGGGAAAAAACGAACAUCUCCCUCGCCGACAUUUGUGUCUGAUCCUGAAGAAAUAGCUGAACGUGAAGAUGAAAUGGAAAUUUCAUCUGUAAAUUCGGAUGAAGUCAUGAGUCCAGUCUCGAUCGAGGGUAACAAUAAUCUCGGAAAUCCUUCUAAUUCUUCGGUCGCGUUGGGAAUAACGAAGAGACUUUCAGUGGUUUGGGACGAGUUAAAAACUGAAGUUGCAGCAGGCACUCGAGAAUUUACAAACACACAACUACCACCUAUCAUUGAGAAGGAAAAAGGCUUGGAAGGCAGAAUAAUAAAGGAAAUAGCCUUACUUUUUAGAUCCAAUUCGUUUUUCUUUUCUUAUGAAUUUGAUCUUACUACAUCCCUGCAGCGAAAGGAAGAUUCACGCAAAGAUUCACAAAAUAAACCUUUGUGGCAACAGGUGGAUAGAAGAUUUUGGUGGAAUGAGCAUUUGUCUGAAUCUUUAAUAAAACAAGAAUUGCACUCUUGGAUUUUGCCGAUAAUGCAGGGAUAUGUUCAAAUUGAAAGAUGUGAAAUUGAUAAUCAGAGUUUCGAUUUUAUAUUAAUAUCGCGUCGAAGUCGGGAACGAGCAGGAUUAAGAUAUCAACGAAGAGGUUUAAAUGAAUCUGGGAAAGUUGCGAAUUUUGUCGAGACCGAGCAAAUUAUCUCAAUGCCGAUCGGCGACAUCACUCAUGUUGUGUCAUUUCUUCAAAUACGAGGAUCAAUUCCAUUAUUUUGGUCACAAACGGGAACUGGUUUAAGGCCUAAACCAGUAUUGGAAAGAACGGAAGCAGAGAACAAGGAAGCGUUCCAGAAACAUUUUGAAUACUUGUCUGAGAACUAUGGAUCCAUUGUUUCAAUAAAUCUAGCUGAAUUAAGCGGCCCAGAAUUAGUUGUUGGUAGCGCAUAUCGAGAGGCGAUUGUGAACCUUGCUUUUGAUAAUGUCCAAUACGUGGAAUUUGAUUUUCACAAAGAAUGUAAAGGAAUGAAAUAUGAAAAUAUUUCAAAGCUUGUUUGCAGUCUGGAUAGUAAUUUUAAUUCUAUUGGAUAUUUUUGGAGAGAUGGGGACGAGCAUGUUCAUCUCAAACAGAAGGGAAUAUUUCGAACGGUACGGUAUGAUGAAGUCAAAUCGCUUAAAUUAGCCAUUGAUAAUUUAUUAUUUUUAUUUCAGAAUUGCAUCGAUUGUUUGGAUCGAACUAACGUCGUUCAGAGUGCAUUAGGCCGACAAGUUUUAACCCUUCAACUUUUACGACUUGGAAUCGCUGAUUUUCUCGAUAAUGGCAUUUCACAUUACGAAAAUUUUGAAAAUAUUUUCAAUAAUGUUUGGGCUAAUAAUGGUGAUUCUAUUAGUCGUGAAUAUGCUGGAACUAGUGCAUUAAAAGGCGAUUUUACUAGUCUCAUGCGAAACCAUCAUUUCUUUAUAAUUGAAGGAAAGCGAAAUUUACAAGGACUCGUUAAUGAUGCUUCUAACUCUUUAGCUCGAAUGUAUCAAAAUACGUUUAAAGAUUUCUUAAGACAGGCCACGAUUGAUUAUAUUUUGGGAAACCGGGAUGUUGACGUGUUUCUCGAACUCCAACAAAAAUUUGAAGUAUCUGAACCUGGUGAUGCUGAUCGUUGGGCAAAAGUCAGAGCGGCAGCAGUUGAGACUACCAGUGAGAUUGUGAUAGUCGAUAAUGAGACAAAAUUAAACGGGUGGACCUUUUUAUCACCAGUCGAAUCAAAUACAAAACGAGGCAAAGCAUACGAAGAGAAAGUUGUUCUCCUUACAAAUAAAGCAUUAUAUAUAUGCACUUUCCAUUACCGGCUUGAUAAAGUAAUGCAAUUUAAACGGAUAGGAUUAGGUGAUAUUACAAGUUUGGAGAAAGGGGAAUACAUAUUAUCUACUUUACAUCCAUCAUGCACUUCACCUGAAGAUAACUAUGGAUUCAUCGUUUAUUAUCGAGCAGUUGGUGAAUCAGGGCGUGUGAAUUCGGGAAGCCUUCGUAAUUCUGAUGUUGCUGUUGCUGCAAAAGAUACUAAAAACGAUAAAGAUGAAGCAGCCGGUAUACGAUUCACCGCGUUCAAAGCUUUUCGUAGCAAUUUGGCUGGUGAAGCAACAAAAUUUUACGCUGGUGCUGGAUCGGAUCUGAUAAAAGGAGCUAAUGAGGUCACGUCAAAGCAAGUUGUCAAUGAAGUUAUUGAGAAUAUCGUUAAUGCAUGUCGUGACAUUGGAAAUAGUGAUAACCUAAUUGUUCUUGAGAAACCAAUUAUAAGUUUGGCAGAGGCUACGAAAAACACAGGGAUUAUGACACGAGUUGGAUUCAAAGUCAAGCAAGCGCUAUGGCUAUAA